CCUGUGCUGAAGGCGGGGCCACGGGAACGCGCGUCCACGACCUUCCAAGCGCGCUCCCGGGCCGUGUCUCCUUCAGCUGUGUCAGAGGAGCAGGUUGGUGUGUGAGGUUGAGCUUCCCCGCUCUGGCGCGUCUCUGCUCCUCCGGCUGAAAUGGGAUUUGUGCGUUCCGAGUGGACACCGACCGGCUCCUGCGCUCCUGCUUCUGUCCGCCUUCUGGUCUCCUUCAGCCGGGGAAACCCUGCAGCGCAAGUGUGAGCGCUUACAUCCGCACCGAACAGCGUCUCUCUCCCUCCCUGUGAAGCCCGUUUGUUUCCCGACGCUUCAUUUAUGGACUAAAGAAGCUCCGAGUGAGCGUGUUUGUAAUUUCCGUUCACACAGCUGAAGAUGGAGACGAUGAUGGAGAGGGAGUGCAGCGCGCUGGGGGGGCUUUUCCAGACUGUCAUUGGAGACAUGAAGGGCAGUUACCCCGUCUGGGAUGACUUCAUCAGCAAGGCCAGCAAACUACAGUCACAGCUAAGGACGACAGUUGUCGCUGUAGCAGCCUUCCUGGAUGCCUUUCAGAAGGUGGCCGACCUGGCAACUAACAGCCGAGGGGGGACCCGGGACAUCGGUUCAGCCCUCACCAGGAUGUGCAUGAGGCAUCGCAGCAUCGAGGCCAAACUACGCCAGUUCUCCAUGGUGUUUCUGGACUGUCUGAUCAACCCUCUACAGGAGCAGAUGGAGGAGUGGAAAAGAGUCGCCAACACUCUGGAUAAAGACCAUGCGAAAGAGUACAAGAAAGCCCGUCAGGAGAUCAAGAAGAGAUCAUCAGACACUCUAAAGCUGCAGAAGAAAGCUAAGAAAGGCCGUGGAGACCUGCAGCCCCAGCUGGACAGCGCCAUGCAGGACGUCAGCGAUAAGUACCUGCUGCUGGAGGAGACGGAGAAGCAGGCGGUGAGGAGGGCGCUGGUGGAGGAGAGGAGUCGCUUUUGCUGCUUCGUGUCCAUGCUGCGGCCUGUCGUGGAGGAGGAGAUGUCCAUGCUGGGGGAGAUUACACACCUCCAGACGCUGACAGACGACCUGAAGAUGCUAACCAUGGACCCACACAAGCUGCCCGCUUCCAGUGAGCAGGUAAUCGUAGACCUGAAGGGCUCCGAGCGCACCUGGUCCUACCAAACUCCUCCCUCGUCACCAAGCACCACCGUAUCCAGGAAGUCCAGCAUGUGCAGCAGCCUGAACAGCGUGAACAGCAGUGACUCUCGCUCCAGCGGCUCACACUGUCACUCCCCGACCUCCCACUUCCGUUAUCGCGCCUCCUCCUCCUCUUCCUCCUCAGUGCUGCCCCAGCAGACACCUGCCCGCCUCUCUUCAAUCUCCUCACACGACUCUGGCUUCAUCUCUCAGGACGCCUACCAGUCCAAAUCCCCUUCACCGAUGCCCCCAGAGACCCUGCAGGAUUGGGCCAAACCAGGCCCGUACGAUCAGCCCAUGGUUAAUACCCUGAAGAGGAGCAAGGACAGGAGAGAGACUACAGAUCCCAGCAGCCACCAGGGUGCUGAUGUCACCACACCAGGAGAGGAGCCAAACAGGGGCAAAGGAAACAACACUUCAUCAUCCCCCAAGGUCGGACACAAUGACCAGCAAAAUGCCAAACAAGAGCUGGCCAGAGCUCUGGCCCGCGGCCUCCAGCUGGACAUCCACGGCUCCAGCAGAGAUUCCCUGCAAGGCUCCAGCGGCUACAGCAGCCAGACCAACACACCCUGCUGCUCAGAGGACACCAUCUCCUCACAGGUAUCGGACUGUGACUACUACUCUGUGGGAGCAGAUCAGGAGGUGGAGCAGCAGUCCUCAGACUUUGAUAAAUCCUCCACCAUCCCGAGGAACAGCGACAUCACCCAGUCCUACCGCCGCAUGUUUCAGUCUAAACGCCCUGCUUCCACUGCUGGCCUGCCUUCCAACCCCUCUGCUGUAAUCACCCCGGGGGUUGCUACUAUCAGACGGACCCCAUCCUCCAAACCCAACUUGCGACGACCAUCCGGGGGCCUCAACCUGGGCCCCAUCCCCAUCAAGCCCCCCAUGAUCCCAGUUAAGACUCCCACUGUGCCUGAACACCCUGGAUUCCCCAGCAAAGCAGCGUCAGAAGACGGCAACACCCCGCGGACCCCGCUAAGCCCGGCCACAACUCCUCUGUCACCAGGCAGCAACGGGUCAUUGUCACCAAAGUCUGCCCCUUGGGAGAUCCAGCACAUGGGCAAGGGAUCGGAUCCUCCAACCCCACCUCCACAGCCCAGCGGUCGGUCAUCAGAGUGGGAGCGCCGACCCCUCCCAGAGCUCUUGGAGGAAACAGAAUACGCUGAGGUGGAGGACUUUCUGGUGGCCAUCCGACGAGGCGUCAAGCUCAAGAAGACGACAACCAACGACCGAUCAGCACCAAUGAUUCACUGAGCGAAGGUUGGUUCGACAUGAGCCAUUUUGUGUCCCUGGCUGAAAAUACUGUUGGAAGGGACACAAAAUGGUUAAUGCUAAGUAAAAGCAAAUAGCUAUGACAUCAAAUGGAUGCCAGUAACAGGAGGAAGUUGCCCAGAGACUCUGAUUGAGGAUCAUUUUAGAAAUCUUGUCUUUUAGCAGCGAUUACAAAAAAAUGUGCAUUUUCACAGUUUGGCCAAAGAGUAAUAAUAUUUGCAUUUAAAUCAAACAAAGACCGAGUCCAUUGUCAGCUGGGAUCGCCUCCAGCCUCACCUGCACAGGUGCACAAGGAGAAAAUUUAAGUAAACUUUCCACAAAGUGUUGACUGGACUUGUUAAGCACAUCUCCCUUUAAAAAUCAGUUCUAGUUCCUGCGCGAGGCCGAGCCAGGAACUCUGAUCCGAGAUCGUUUCCUCAGGGCAACUUCGAUAACAGAGCGAGGGAGACGGGAUCAUCCUGACGACCGAGAGACGCCUGGACAAGGUCGACCUUGUAGCAG